AUGACUUCUGCUUCAACAGAAACUCAGAGGUUUGGCGAUUCUUCAUAUAACCAGUGGCCAGCUCUGUCGGCUGGGAACCAAGGAACCAGCAAUCUUCAUGCUCGGUCUGAUAGGGGUCAGAAUUUGGCAAAGCAUUCAGUCGCCUCAGAAGCAGAAGUGGCAUCUCUUAGGGCUCACUCCAUAGACUAUCCUUGGGCAGCAAAGAUGAAUCCUUCUCUGCGUAAUCUUCAUAGAGUCACUAUCCCAGAAUACAUGGAGGAUGGAACCCCAAAGGUUAGAAUCCCUAGUCAUGUUCUUCUAGGUGGUGUAGAGAAUCAGAAAGAAUUUGUGGUUGGUCAGUUUUAUAGGUGUUCUGCUCCAUCUAGAGGCCAAAUUCAGGCUGUGCGAGGUUUAUGGCAUGUUGAUGAUUGUUUGAUGUUUGUUUCUCCAUGGUCUCCGACGGAAUCUAUAGCUGUCCACAAAAUCACGACUGUUCCUGUGUGGCUGACGCUAAAUAAUACUCCCGAUCAACUUUAUUCAAUCUUGGGGAUUAAGUGGAUUGCUUCAGGUAUUGGUGAACCAUUGUUGACUGAGAAGCCAUGGCUUGAUCCAACAGAAAUGGGAAGAGCAAAAAUUUUGGUUGAGUUAGGACAUAAAGCAUCUCGAUGUUUACUUCUAAGAACUGGUACUUCAGGUCCGGCAGCUUCUCAUCAUGCUCCAAAUGUUGAUACUCCAUCUAUGGUUGCUGGUUUUGUCUCGACAUCUGCUCAUAAUGGGAUAGCUGGAAAAGAAAUGGAGGUUGCAACAGUUAUAGCCUCUACAAAGGAGGCAUCUUCUUCUAAAUCAGCUCCACAAUCUUUUGUUCCUGUAGGAAAUGGUGUUCGUAGGACUUUGUCUAGCUCUGCAUUGCGUAAAAACAGAUUUGCUUCCUUGGAGUCUUCAGAUUAUUCGGAGGAUGAAGACGAGGAUGAAGACGAAGAUGAAGACGAAGAUGAAGUCGAAGCCCCACCUCCAAACGACGAGCCUGAACCAUUGGAGUUCUUGACCCCAUCUGGGAAAAGAAUCCUUCGGGAAAGGCCGGUUCGUCCGUCAACCAAAGCGAAAGAGAUGCAAUGGCAAAUCGUUCGAGGUGGACGUGGGAAUCGUGGUCGUGGUAUUAGAGGUGGUUGUGGCUAG